AUGGUCUCCUCCACACUUCUCCUGGCCACUCUCGGUGGCCUUGUCACUCGUUCUUUUGCUGAGUCGUUGUCCAGUAAUGUCAACGCAGAAGUGACCGUUGCUUCCGGAACCACUUCGCUGAUCCUCAGUGCCAGCCCUUCUUCAUCAGCGCCUAGCACAUCAAACACACCUCAGCUUGUUACCCAGAUCUCUGAUGGUCAGAUCCAGUUUCCGGCUCAGUCGACUGCCUUGCCCAAUGGCACAUUGACUGCUACCCCUGGCGUGGUCCCGGCCAAUGCCACGUCGACUGUCGAUGCCGCUGCAGCUUCCAAGAGCCCCAAUGGAGGUGUACUCUACAUUCCGCUAAACAGCACCACUCCGGAUCAAUCCAAGCUAGCGAAAAGAAGCGAGUGUGAAGCCCUCAUGGAUUCUCAACUGCCUGGAAACCGCAGCAUCCCUACAAACUUCCAGUUUUCCGGCAAUGUCAGAACCUACUACGUCGCUGCCGAAGAGGUAGCUUGGAACUAUGCACCCAGCGGCUGGGACAACUGGCUCGGCGUGCCCGUUCAGAACUCUCCACAUGCUGCAGCAGCUGGCUACCUCAACAUCACCGGAUCCAUCGGUGCAGGCUGGGGUCUCGAGUUCCAGAAGGCUGUGUACAAGGGUUAUACCGACCAGAGCUUUACUACUCAGACCGAACAGCCUGCUCACAACGGUAUCAACGGUCCCAUUCUGCGAGCCGAAGUUGGCGAUAUGGUUCAGAUCAUGUUUGUCAACAACCUCUCCAACCACUAUGCAUCGAUGCACAGCAUGGGUCUCUAUUACGGCAAGCAGUACGAAGGGUCUCUUUACCCUAACACCACCACUGGUGGAUCGCCAAACGUGCAGGAGCAAGAUGCUGUUCCUCCUGGUGGUUGUGCAGUAUACAAGUGGAUUGUUACAGACUCGCAGGCACCUGCACCUGGUCAGAGCAGUCGUCUCUGGUCUUACCACAGUUUCGUCAACAUGCCUGCCGAUCUCUCUGCAGGUCUGUCUGGACCUCUCAUCGUGUACAACAGCGGCGAAAUGAACAGCACAAUGUCGUCUCACCGUGAGUUUGUCGUUACGACCAACACUCACUUCGAGGCCAAGUCGUUCAUGGCGGGCACCAAUGCAAAGAAUGCUGGUGUUAAUACCACCGAGUUGCGUACAAUCAACCAGCUCGUUUCGCCCUACAUCGGCAACGAGUCUUUCUGGGUGCCUCAGAUGGCCAACUUCCCGGAAGUUAUGCUCAGUGAUAGGCAGGGACCCAACUUUUACACGAUGAAUGGUUAUGUGUUUGGCAAUGGCGCACCUUAUGAGAUGUGCCGCAACGAUCCAGUUAUUUGGUACGUGAUGGCAUUUGGUGGAGCAUCGCACGUUUUCCAUUUGCACGGCAACAACUUCCAGUACAACGACAUCUGGCUCGCUGCGCAGAGCAUCAAUGCUGGUGAGAUGUUCACGUUCAACAUGAAUGCUCAAUUGCCUGGUGUGUGGCAGUUGUUGUGCCAUGUCAGCGAUCACAAUCUGUUUGGUAUGCAGCAAAACUAUGUUGUGUAUGGUACCGAGGUGGAUGGAGAGACUUGUCCUCUGCCACCAUUGACUGCCAAGUUGGCUGGCAGCCCUUAA